AUGCCCCCUCCUCGCCUCCCCUGCUUGUCCUUCCUGAAAAGCCUGGAUCUUUCCAUUUCAACACUCCAGUCAGAGGAGUCAUCCCCACCAGGUCUCCAUGAUGCCAGAGGUGUUUGCAUUGCUCAGUCACUCAAAAUCCCUCGGGAACCAAGACCAGGAGAAUUUGAAAAGAUCAUCAAACGCUUGUUGGAAACUCCAAAUGCUCGAGCAGUGAUCAUGUUUGCGAAUGAAGACGAUAUUAGGCGAAUACUGGAAGCCGCCAAAAAAGCUAAUCAAUCUGGACAUUUCCUCUGGAUUGGCUCAGAUAGCUGGGGGUCAAAAAUUUCACCAGUUCAGCAGCAGGAGGAGAUUGCAGAAGGAGCAGUAACAAUUCUGCCCAAAAGAACAUCAAUAGAUGGAUUUGAUAGAUAUUUUCGGAGCCGAACACUUGCUAACAAUCGAAGAAAUGUCUGGUUUGCAGAAUUUUGGGAGGAGAACUUUGGAUGCAAGUUAGGAUCACAUGGAAAAAGAAACAGCAAUAUCAAGAAAUGCACAGGCUUAGAAAGAAUUGCAAGAGAUUCAGCCUAUGAGCAAGAAGGAAAAGUUCAGUUUGUAAUUGAUGCAGUAUAUUCCAUGGCCUAUGCACUACACAACAUGCAUAAAGAUCUCUGUCCUGGAUAUAUUGGUCUAUGCCCAAGGAUGAACACAAUUGAUGGUAAAGAACUGCUUAGCUAUAUCCGGGCAGUAAACUUUAAUGGGAGUGCUGGUACACCUGUUAUCUUCAAUGAAAAUGGAGAUGCUCCUGGACGCUAUGAUAUUUUUCAGUAUCAAAUCACCAACAAGACUACAGAAUACAAAGUAAUUGGUCAGUGGACUAACCAACUUCAUCUAAAUGUAGAAGACAUGCAGUGGGCUAAUAGACAACACACUCAUCCAGCAUCUGUCUGCAGCCUGCCCUGUAAAGCUGGGGAAAGAAAGAAAACUGUGAAGGGAGUGCCCUGCUGCUGGCACUGUGAACGCUGUGAGGGGUACCAUUACCAGGUGGAUGAAUUCAACUGUGAACUGUGUCCCAUUAAUAAGAGACCGAACACCAACCGUACGGAUUGCCAACUUAUCCCUAUAAUCAAACUGGAGUGGCAUUCUCCUUGGGCCAUCGUGCCCGUCUUCAUAGCUAUUCUCGGUAUAAUUGCCACCACCUUUGUGAUUGUGACAUUUGUCCGGUACAAUGACACACCGAUCGUCAGGGCCUCUGGACGGGAGCUCAGUUAUGUGCUCUUGACUGGGAUUUUUCUCUGUUACUCCAUUACUUUUUUAAUGAUUGCGACUCCUGAUACAGUGGUCUGCUCCUUUAGAAGGAUCUUUUUAGGACUUGGCAUGUGUUUCAGCUAUGCUGCCUUGCUUACCAAAACAAACAGGAUUCACAGAAUAUUUGAACAAGGUAAAAAAUCUGUCACAGCGCCCAAAUUUAUAAGUCCAGCCUCCCAGCUGGUGAUUACUUUCAGCCUCAUAUCCAUGCAGCUUAUCGGAGUCUUCAUUUGGUUUGCUAUCGAUCCACCACAUACCAUCGUAGACUAUGGAGAACAGAGGACACUUGAACCAGAAAAUGCCAGGGGAGUUCUCAAAUGUGACAUUUCAGAUCUUUCUCUCAUUUGUUCCCUUGGAUACAGUAUUCUCUUGAUGGUCACAUGCACUGUUUAUGCUAUUAAAACAAGAGGGGUUCCAGAGACCUUCAACGAAGCAAAACCCAUUGGAUUUACUAUGUACACAACCUGCAUAAUUUGGUUAGCUUUUAUUCCAAUCUUUUUUGGUACGGCUCAAUCAGCAGAGAAGAUGUACAUCCAGACAACAACACUUACUAUCUCCAUGAGUUUAAGUGCUUCUGUGUCUCUGGGCAUGCUCUACAUGCCCAAGGUUUAUAUUAUCAUUUUUCAUCCAGAGCAGAAUGUUCAAAAACGGAAGCGGAGCUUCAAGGCUGUAGUGACAGCCGCCACAAUGCAAAGCAAACUGACCCAAAAAGGAAAUGACAGACCAAAUGGCGAGGUCAAAACUGAACUGUGUGAAAGUCUUGAAACCAACAGUAAGUCAUCUGUAGACUUUCCCAUGGUCAAGAGUGGCAGCACUUCCUAAUAGAUCCUCCUCUACCAAGACAACUUAUGUCAGCUACAGCAAUCAGGCAAACUGAGGAGUGAUGAAAUUCACUGGAAGACCUGCAGGAUGGGAUCUUGCAAACAUAGACUUUACCAACACCAGAAUUCAGUCUUGGAAAUAUCAGUAGACUACAUUCAAAUCAAUAGUCAGUCUCCUAAAGGACAAGGAUUAAACAAGAGGCAAAAGGCUAAAAGAGACAGGGGAAGGAAAAGUCCAGUUUUAUAACACAGAAACAAUGUCAAGCUUCUGAACUGUUCACUCACAAAACGAAGUAAAUCACAAAAGGAAAACAAACGUUAGCUUGUGAAAAAAAAAAUGCUGUUGAAAUAAAUCAUGUCUGAUGUUAUAUUUGUAAGUACUUUUUUGUGAUUGUGACUAUUUCCUUUCCUGUCCUACAUUGUUCAACUUGUAAAAGAAGAUGAGUUUGUUUCUUGUGGCGGCUGACUGAAUUAAGUCCUGGGUUAUGCUGAAAUAAAUGCAAUGGUCAACGCAUGCUAAUUUUUAUACAAAAUAAUUUAUUUCUAAUAAUAAAGGAAUGUUUUGCAAAUGUUGAGACUUGUUUUGUUGCAGUUUUAAGGAAAAAAAGUCCUUACACUGUUGUCUAUUGUUUGUUUAGAAUGUGCAGUAAAGGUGGGUGUACAAAUAAAAUAAUAAUCAUGGCA